UACAUUUUAUUAUUAGGAACAUUAUACUCCGUAGCACCCUACAAUACUGGUAUUUCUUACGGAUUACGGAGUAGUUCGGUAUUAUACGCGGAGUAUUUACAAUAAUUUGCGCCAAACAACAGCCACAAUUGAGUAUAAUUAUAAUUCCACCACCACCGCCAAAAGCAAUAUUGGUUAUUCUCCAACCGUCCGAUCCUUUAACCCAACCGCCGGAAUCGAUCCUGUAUCGCCGUAGUUGCUACGUCGGCACCUUUUCCUUUACCUUGAGCAACAGAGCAAGGAUUGUCAUUUUGGGCUAUAUUCCAAUGAGAUGUAUUAUGAACUGCUACAGUUUUGUGCUAAAGUAACGUUUGUUGUGGUCCAUUGGUAACCAGUUACAAAGAUGAAAUCUAAGGAACUUUAGAGAUAUAGCUGUUCUUUUCACCUGGUGCAUGUAGGAAAAAUUUAAAUGCAUGAACAAUAUGGAGACUGUUGCAUGAGAAGAUUGUUCCAUGAUAGAUCUUUGACCAAAAACAUCAGUUUUAUAAUAUGGAACUAGAAAUAGAUCCUACAUGGUGGCAUUUCAGGAAGUAUUAUUUUUGCCAUCUGUUGUUUCAUUAGAGCUCAAUAAAGAGAUAAGAAUCAGUGAGCGACUGAGCGGCCAUUCUUUUGCUUGAUGGUUGACCCCACCAAUGAAUAACUAUGCUAUUCUCUCUCAUUGUAGCACAUUUAGCAUUCUUUCAGGGAACCCCUGAUUUUAACGAAUGCAUAGGGGAAAUGCGGUGAUAAAUUCCAGAAUUGCUUUGUCUUCCUGUUUAUUAUAGUAGUUGUGGAUGCCUAAGGGUUUGAGCAGGAAUGACUUUAUGAUAAGAUCCAACAAGACACAUCUCAAUCUUGUUGAUGCUUGAGCAUGAAAUGCCUUUUCUCAGUGUACUAUGUCAAAAUUAGUGUCCCAAGUUAUUCUUCUGCCUUUCAUGUAUGUCCUGGAUUGUAUAACUGAUGUACCCAAUGGUGGGAAAAGAAGUCUGGAUUUACUUAUACUCGGCAAUGUGAUUGACAUCAGAAAGUUGAUCAUCGUUUUUACACUCACUCAAUGAGUUGGACAUUUUGCAUGUUUAUGUUACCAUCAUGCCGUGGGACUGGGCUAAUUAAGACAUGGCGGAGAGAAUUUCAAGCUGGACCUAGAUUAAAAUUCUUCUUAAUAUAUUUGGGUCAUACUCAAGUUUGAUAUCAGAAGCAGCGUCAGUCUCCUCUCAUUGUUUUAACAACUAUUCCUAAGGUCUUCAGGUUGCACCUGAAAUUGUCCCCCCAGGACUGUAGAUAAAAUGCUUAAUCACUUUAACCAUUGACUUUGUGGAAGAAUGACAAAGGUGGCCCUUUUAUGCAAGAUCUUGAUGGGAUUCUGCGGCUAUGCCUAUCAUUUUACUCAUAAUAUAUUACAGUUGUGUUGACCAAAAAAUACUGAACAUGCUUUUGUUAUCAAAUUUGACUAGUUGAGCUUAUGUUGUUGCUAAGUUGUACUUAUUCAGGAUUUUGAUUUACUUUAUAGCCCAAAUUCUAAUGUAGUGAUGCUCGUGCAUAUUUUCACUGAAGGUCUCACAGUUAUAGAAUGCAUUCAUGUCCAAUAUAUUAAUCUAUGUUGGUUCAAAAAAUAAUUCUACCUUUUUGGCUUGAUAUCUGGGCUGCUGAAGCAUUUGUUAGUGUCUCACAAUGUUAUUCAAGAAAUAUGUAUUGAACUAGUUUGUCUGGUCUAAGAAGCUUCCUGCCUAAUGUUCAAAUCUUCACACCAGUUCUUUGAUUCAUUGUUUUUUGGGAAUUGGAGAGAGAAGAUGCACACAAUGUAAACUCUUAAAAUUGCAGUUCCAAGUAAUUCAAGCUGCUCAGUGUGGUAUUAGUUGUUUACGUACUGAGCUACAAAUCCUUAGACAAACCGAGGUGGGGGGUUCUUAUGAAUGCUCUUUAUCCGGUGUACUGUAAAAGUGUAAUGAUUUUGAGAUGUUACACAUUGCAGUAUUGCACACUAACAUAAUGAAAGUAAAUUUAGCCUGAAUUUAUUGCCUAAUUUCCUUAUUGCAAUACAUCAUCUUCUAUCCUAAAUGUCCAGGAUUCCAGCAAGAUCUAGCUAAUUUCAAGAUUUUGCUCAGACUGUGAGCUAAUUAGAAAAUACCUGUUGGAGGCUCCCCUCCAAAAAAACUACUUCAAAAGCGGGUAACCUUUCUCUGCAGCUUCAGCCAAAUAAAAGUAGUUAGAUCAACAGUUGAUCAGGGGUAGGAGUACUGUGUCUUUUUCCAUAAACGAAGUUCAGGUUCCUUUUGUGCUUUAGUGAUCUCCAGGGGAGCUUAAAGAAAAAGGAUUGUUAAGUGGUUUCUUAGACGAAGGAAUGGGGUAUAGACAAGUUUCAAAUUCAUUCAGUACAUUUGGAAAUGCCCAGAAUCAGCAUCAAAGUUAUAUUUCAGGGCAACCUUUCACUGCCACAGGAAGAUUUGCUGAUUCAGGUGGCUCUUUUGUCCCGUCUGGAGACGUCCAGCCUAUUUGUGCAGACCAACAGUUGAAUUCCAGAAGCAGAGGAAACCAUCAGUAUCAUUAUUCAAACUCUAGCGUGGGAGCAGCUCAGUUUCCCCCACCACAAAUUUCAGGCCCUCCUUAUGCGCCUUUUGCACAAUCAUCAACUGUUGGAACUGUACAUGGCCCGGGGAGUAAUGGAUAUCAUGGUGGUCUUGCUGAUCAUCUCCAAAGCAACCAAAGAGGGCUGUUUAAAAGAAAGAGAUCCAGCAUAUCUUAUGAUGUCGGAAGCUCUUCCGGAUCUCUUGGUGGGAUGUUGGGACCAAUUCCAGAGAAUGAAAAUAUCCCUUCACAUCUCUCAGGCUUUCCUCGUUGUAGAAGCAGUGGCAUCUCUAUUAAUGGUGAUGAGUCGUGGAGAGAUCUAAGAAGGCGAUAUACUUAUGACUCAAGACGUGCUCCUGAUAUAACUCAUCGUAUACCAAACUACACUUCAGUUGAACAUCAAUUUGCAACCCAUCCAUCAAAUUACUCGGGCAUCAGAAAUACUACUGGUUCAAGCUCAGGAAGGAACUUGCAUUCAGGACGUGCUGCCGAUUUAAGUGCCCCCCAUAAUCGUAGCUGCUUUUCAACUGGAAAUUUUAACUCAUCUUCACAUCGUGUUGGUGGGUUUGCUGUGGAUCCAAGGGAAAGCCGCACUAACUAUACUGGAAGAGUAUUACCCCCAAACAGUAAUGACAUGGGCCACACGCAGCUAGGCUAUGCUGCAGCGACGUCCACUGAAAAUGGUGGGCAUUCCUCCACUGAAACGUUUUCAUUCGGAAAUACGACACCUAGUAGUGCUGAAGGAUGGCCAGGAUGGAGCAACCAUUCUCAGCAUGGAAAUUUUGGGGUUACUAAUGCACUUCCUAGUGCUCGUGAUUCUCGUGACAUAAUGAGAUCUGAGCAGCCGCUCAGGUUUGAGCACCAAUCCUUUUCUGAUGGUUCCAGAAAUUUGCUUGAUGAAUACAUAGGCAUGAGACUAGAUGUCGAUAACAUGAGCUAUGAGGAACUGCUUGCUCUAGGAGAAAGAAUUGGCGAUGUCAAUACUGGUUUGUCCGAAGAUGUGGUCACCAAGUGCAUCACCGCAGAAGUCUUUGUUCCAUCUCAUGGCGAGGACAAAAGUUGUGCUAUUUGCCUCGAAGUUUACCAGGACAGGGAGGAAGUAGGGACGAUGAUGAAGUGUGGACAUGAUUACCAUGUGAGCUGCAUCAGCAAGUGGUUGUCAAUGAAAAAAGUCUGCCCGAUUUGUAAAUCUGCUGCUCUUAUGGAUGAAGUUUAGUGGUCAUUAGUUUCGUAUGAUCAAUCGUGUAAAUAGUGCAGUAAUAAUCAUGUAAAUGGAUAGUUAGAAACUGUAGUUGUGUGCUGAAAGGCAGCUGUGAUUGUUUUAUUAUCUGUUUGGUAAAACUGGAAUGUCGGUCAAGAUUGAAUAUGUUCAACACUGUUUGAUGCUAAUGGUACUUCGUAUUUGA